AAGAAACAAAAUAAAAAAAAAACAUGUUAGUUUCACUUUUCCUCCACAGCCUGUGAAGAUUCGCGAUCUUUGAAAGUUGUCAAGAAAGCGAAAUCAGCGUAAAACAAAUGAAAGAUGGCAGAGGCGGGCAGGACUGUGAAAGUGAGUGGGCUCCCCACUGACAUUGAAGAUGAGAGGCUAAAAGACAAGUUACUCAUUCACUUUCUCAGAUCCAGGAAUGGAGGAGGGGAAAUAGACCAUGUCGCACUUUUGAAGCCAAGGCCUUUAUGUGCUCUGAUCAUCUUCGAGGACAGCGCGGUGGCACAGAGAAUUGUUCAAGACUACCGACACGUUCUGGAAAUAGAUGGGAGGAAAUAUGAACUUAAUGCUUCAGAGCAUCCUGACAGCUUGGACGCAGACCAGGUCGUCCUAAGUUUAACCGCAAUGGUUGACUACAGCCGGCUUCCUGGGGGAAUCAAUGCACUGGAAAACCUUUGUGAAAGUCAUCAGGAUGUCCAGAUAAACCAGACUGCUUCUGAGAGGUGUUGUACAUUGUCUGGCUCAUACUCCAAGGUGCAGGCUGCUUUGGCCCAGCUACUGUGCCAUCCUGGAGGUCCACAGUUCUCAGAGUAUAAAGACUCAGGACCAGCUGCCUCCAGGAGGAUUUCACCUUUGCAGAAAUCACAGAAGCCUCAAGUGUCAAAAGACCAGAGGAGAAAUCCUACCAAGCCAAAAGAACCUAGAGAAGAAAGAGAUUACUCUGAUGUUCUAACAGAGGAUAAAAACUUAAGCUUAAACAGAAAUCUGGCACCUGGAGAUGAUAACUGGGAAUCUGCCAAUCACAAAGUGAGCGCAGCUCAGGGCUCUCCUACUGCUUUCAUAGAGGAGUCCUCUCUGAUCGUGGACUCAGAUGUGUUCCAGUAUCUGCAGAAGCACUGCAAGAAGGAGUACCAUAAAAUCCUGAGUCAGUUUGGUAUUGAGGUGAUAAAUGAAACGAAUCAGGGCCUGACCACUCUGUUUUUGCACAUUGCUGAUGCAGCAGUGGGGGAGGAGGGGCGGGAGCGCGUGACACUCGCUAAAAAGGCAAUAAGUCAACUUUACCAGGAGAAUGAGGCAAAGAUCUGUCGAGACCAGAUGCCUAAGAUCAUCCUUAACCACGGGGGAGGACUGCAAAGGGCAAUGGAGAACUUAAGCACAAGACUUCCAAAGCUUCUUCUAAACGAAGAUGAGCAGAAUAUUUACUUUAUUGGUAGCAGUAAGGAUAUAGCUGAGGGCAGACACUAUCUUCUUAUAGACCACAAGGAAUCAAGAAAUAGGAAGGAAGAUGUUGCCAGUCUUCUGAAUUUCCCUUCUUAUAAUUCUGGCUCAUCACCACUUCAUGCUGAGGAGGAACGAGGGCCCUUAACUACUUCUCAGGCUGAAGGACAUUUUGAUGAAAGGGUACAUAGGAGGCUGAUAUCAGAGGAAGAUGAACUCAGAGGUGAUGGAGCUAGAAGGUAUAAACUAGCCGCUCGGUUUAAAGAUUCAGGACUUGCCGGUUUGGGGAACUUUCCUUUCCGCCCAAAUGCAUCACCCAGCAGGCAAACCCAUCAGGAACAGAUGCCCAGGACUGAAGUGCAGUCCCAAACAACAGGGAUAUCUGGUGAAGAAGCUUUACAAGGGGACAUAUUAUUUAAAACAGCACAUGCAUCUGCAUCUCCAUCUGCAUUCACCACGAUUAAAACACCACUGAUCACAAAUACGGCAGAUACCCGACCAAAGAAUUUAACAUCCCCAUUUGGUUUAACUCCUUCCAGUCUCCCAAGCAGUGCACUUCCACCUUCUGCGCCUGGAUCCACUUUAAAGCGAGCCAGUAGUUUCUCAGGAACCCCUCAGCAGAAAGCUCAGGUCUUGGGCCAAAAGAGCCAAGAUGAUUCCAGUAAAUCCCCAGCUAGAGUCAGGGAGCGAUCCUCCAGCUUUAGUAGCCAAACAUUGAGGGAUAAACAAGAAGUCUAUCGUGAAGAGAUCUCAGUUUCCCGGGUUAUGUGGCAGUACAUAAAGGAAGCCUACGGCACCCGAGUGGAGGACCUGACCUCUGAUCUCCAGAUGAAAGAGAGCUUUUCUGAGGGCAGUCGGGAUUUGACUAUAAUCUUGAGAGGGGCCGACUCGUCCAAAGUUAAACUAUGUCGGGAGCGUCUACAGACGCUUGUUGACUCAGUUGGUGCCGACUUCUCUGUUCAGGAGCUGCGGAUGGCGGAGCUUGGCAUUUCCAAUCCUGACGAUGAAACUUUACAGGCUUGCUGCUCUGAGGUGCGCAGCCGCUUCAAGAAGGUCGUAAUUCACACCAUGAAGAAGAGCUUGUAUCUUGUUGGUCCUGAACAGCUGUGCUCUAAGGUUGCUGCUACACUGAGGGAGGUAUUUUCCAGAGAACCUGAACAACAUGACUUCUCAAACCAUUUUUUGCCGUUGAAUGCAACCCAAAGCAGAAGUCGAGCCCCGGACAGCAGUUAUCAGGUGGUAGCAUUCACCCAAACCAAUAAAGCCAAUGGGAACGGUGGGAAUCAGCAAUGGAAAACAACCUAUGACAGAGACUUUAAUGAGAAUAGGCCCAUUAAUGGAGCAAGUAGCCAAUUAUCAGUGAAGAAAGAAUAUGUCUUAAGGGAGAAAGAGGAUAGAAAAAUAAUCGAAAACAAUCCCGUGAAUGGUGAGAAAGAGAGGACAUUACAUCAAACAGACUUUACGGGACAUAGAUCAUCAGAGACCCAGAGCAACUCAGCGGAGUCCAGGUCAGGUCCGGAAGGACAGGUUUUCUGCUCUGUCUGUGAGCAGAGGAAGCAUUUUUUGGUGAGGGCAAAGUGUGGGGUCACCCUGUGCUCAGAAUGCUUAGAAAGGGUGCACACUUACUGCAAAAUCUGCUAUAAGGCAGAGCCCAAGGAACCCCAAGGAAUCUCAGGCGAGAUGAAGAAAUCCAAACUGAGCAUAGCCUUACCAGGUCACACCAAGGACACCGCCAUCAAGAUCACUUACCGCAUUCCUGAUGGUAUCCAAGGGGAGGGUCAUCCGUCACCUGGUAAACCAUUUAAAGGUGGCCUAUUUGAAGCCUACCUCCCAGACCAUGGCAACGCUAGGAAGCUCCUUCCCCGACUGGAAAAGGCCUUUAAGCAGGGACUCACCUUCACAGUGACGGGCAAAGGAAGAGAGGCCAGGGUCACCUGGGAUGGCAUCCCACACAAAACCAGUUUAUAUGGAGGCAAAGCUGAGAAAGGGUACCCAGACUCAGGUUACCUAUCACGCCUCUCCAGUAUCUUAACUUCUAAAGGGAUUGAGUAGCUGUCAGCCUGGUCCAAAAAAAAGAA